ACUACCGCCCUCUGUCGACGGGUUUGCUUAAUCCGGAUUUUAUUGGACGGAUCGCGGUGUACGGUUCGGUCCUUUUUGUUUCAGACCAGUGAAAAGUGAUUUGAUCCAAAUCUGCCAAGACAUCAACAAUGGAGGAAAAUCAGCCUUUGGCAAGGGCAACGUAUCGCCCUCUCAGCAAUCGAAAGAAGAAAUUGAAUCAUUCCAUCAGCUGGCGGGAGCGGUUAUCCAAAAGCAAGGAGACAUUCAAGGGUGACUUGGAACACCUGUUUCGGGACAAGUUUACUGGUAACCAUGCCGUCAAAAUGGCUCGCAAGCGAGAACGCAUCAUCUGUGAGAUAUUUGCUACGGAGAGAAAGUAUCAAAGCCACCUAGCCAUCAUUGUACAGCAUUUCCUGACUCCGUUGGAGUCAUUAGGACUCAUCCCAGCAGAUGAUCAUCGCAUCAUCUUUGAGAACAUCACAGCAAUUCAAGCAGUCAAUCGGGAGCUCCUAGCACACAUGGAAGAACAAGGCAUAGCCCAGGCAUUCAUUCAGCUGGCUCCAUUCAUGAAGGUGUAUUGUGCAUACGCCAAUAACUUUGAAAAAGCUUCACAGAAACUCCAGGAUUGGGAGCAUAAGCGUGCUGCAUUUGUGCAGUUUCUGAGAGAACAAGAAGCCAAACCUGAAUGUGCCAACCUGACUCUACACGCUCUGCUCAUAACACCCAUACAGAGAAUACCAAGAUACAAACUACUGCUGGAGGAGUUGCUGAGUAGUACUGAUGAGAAUCAUGAAGAAUAUGAGCAAUUACAAGAGGCUGCAGCCCGAAUGACUGAAGUGACAUAUGGAAUCAAUGAAUACAUCCGUGAACACGAGAACUUUCAGAAGAUGCUGUUGAUUCAGACAAGUUUGACUGGAGGAGCGCCGAGAAUCAUUGCACCAGGCCGAAAAUUCAUCCGAGAAGGAACACUCAUGAAGGUCAGCAAGAAAGGCUCCAGCGCUCAUGAACGCAUGUUUUUCCUGUUCAAUGACAUGCUGAUAUAUGCCAAGCCCAACCUACUGGAUCCGUUAGUAUCUACACGUAGCUAUUGCUGUCGUGGUGUCAUUCCCUUGGAGCGAUGUGAGGUACAGUGUGUACUAGGAGAACUCAAGACAUCAGGUACUGGAGCUCUCUUCAAGGUUGUGCACGGCGACCAAAGUUUGUUGCUGUACUCCACCAAUCACAACAUAGCGUUAUCCUGGAUAGAUGCGCUACAAGGAGCCAUACAACAACUCCAACAGCGACAGCAAUCAAGCAGAUAUACUCAGCAUUCAGUGUCUGGUACCAAGACUCGUGGUCCUACCCGUAAUGUACCACUGGGCAAGAGGGUCAGGCACAUUGGACUGAGGACCAGCGACAGACUCAAGAACAUGAGGAACUACCCUGAACCUGAGGACGGUAACCAUAGUAAAGACAGCCUGCAUCCAUUGAGGGUGCAGCUACAUGCUAAGAAGCUACAUGGACCUGGUAAUACACCCCUCAGGAAAGGGCGCCCUCGCAGGCUACAACGAGGACCACUACAAGUCAGAAAUAACAAACAGGAGGAGAGUCAGGAUACCAGUCUUUCCAUGGUAGACGUGACUGGCUACCCAGAGAACACUGAGGACCCACAUGGCUGCAUACAAUCUCCUUAUACCACAUUACUGGACCAGGAGACUGCCCAGCAAGCAUUCUGCACCAUCCUGUAAACACAUCACUCACGUAUGGCCUACAGUGGCCAAGUACAGUAUCCUGUAUUUUUAUGAUGAUACAUUUUGUAAUGGAAUCAGGUACAUAUGUGACCAGCAACCGAUUGCAUGAAACAGUGCGUAACUUACUCUAUGCAUAGGACUUGUGCAACAAAUGUAUCGCGCAGCUGAUAAGCUUACAAUCGCUUUCACAAAACGGGGCAUAGGUGCGCCACGUUUAAAAUAAUCUAAAUAUGUUGGACGAGGAAAACAGUCGUUGAAUCACCUCCACCUGCCAUUUUUUAAAACAGUUUUGUCCGACUUUUUUUCGGAAUCACGUGGCAACUCUGAAAACUCUUGUCACAAAUAAAAUAGCAAUUCAUUUACUUCCAACACAAAGCUGUGAGCGCCUAAUUGUAUCAAACUUGGUAAGUUGUGCAAUACCAGGCUUCCCGAUAAUCACAAUUUACUGGUACAAUAGGUCAUUUUUGGUCGUUACGCCACAACUUAGGCCACCUAAAAUGAUUACGCAAGUACACCAUAAUUUGUUGCACAAGUCACCGACUUAUGCACUUUCAAACUUUCGUGAAAUGUCAUAACUAAAAUGUUGCGCAGCGCGAAAUGUUGCGCAACUUGCACAAUAAAUUGUGGCGCAAUAAAGUUUCGUGAAAUCAGCUGCAGAUCCCACAAAAUGACUGUGCCGUACAUGUUUGUUUUUUUUUUUGUUAGUUUUUCAUGUGCAGCGGACGGAGCAUACUGUGCUCUUUAUUUUUAUAUACAUGCAUCACUCAGAAUCUUAAUAAUAUAUGCAGAUAUUUUGGAAAUGUUGACUGCUUGCUUUUGUGCAGGAUUUGUAAUAAAAAGGGAUUAGAUGUUUAUCAUUGUCUAUUAUAGGUAGAAUUGAAGUGGUGAUAGACUUCAUCCUUUGUUUUAAAUUCUUUUUUUAAGUACGCAAGAGAGCUGUUAAGUAUUGUGUUUAUUCUGCAAGAUGAUUAAAUCUAAAACAAGUGAAAUGUAAAUUAUGCAUAGUCAAGCCUGUUUCAGUCAGUUCCCUCAUAUUACACAGAAACGAUUGCAUCUGAUGCUUCAUGUACAAGUCGCUUUUAUAUCUUUUAUGUCUGUAUAUAUACUGUGAUAUUUUUUCCCAAGUAUUCCUUUUUCGAGUCUUUCUUUACCUAGUGUUUUUGAAAUUUCGUGGGGCUUAAGAGGAUUUUAAUGAUAAAUUUGGCUUUAUAAUCGGUACUGUAAUUGUAAUGUACUCCAUUUAGUGUGACAGUUUGGCGAUACAGACCUUGAGAAAAUGUACUUCAACAUACAUGUAUUACACUGUAUACUCUCAUCUGCAUCUGUCAUCUGCAUCUGUCAUUAUUAGCUUUGCCAUUGUAAAUGUAAAUAGGCUGAAAUAUUAAAUGAGUACGUCAAAAGACUAGUUAAGGGUAAAACGAUGAAGAGUUUUGUAAAUUAAUGCAAUGUCAAAGUACACUUUGAUGUCAUCAGGAGUUACCCUUCAUUUAAUGACAACCUGAAUUAUAAACUUAUGGGAAGAUAAAAUUUUGCAAUAGACUUUGUGCGCAGUUACCCCCUCAAGAGUCGAAGGGUCAUUAGUAUUGCUGAUGGCGCCUGACACUCACGCGAAGAUGCCACUAUUUGUCCACAUUCAGAAUAAAUAAGUCAUGGGUGAAUCAAAUAGAAUGUUGUGUGUUCUGGGGGCAGUUUUAACCAGUUCACGCCAGGAUUAUUUUGACAAGAACCGAACGAGGUGCGGGAUUACAUGUACUUUUUGCUGGACCUCAAGCCAGGUGGGUUGAAGCCAUCACCCUCGGUCAGCACAGUUGUAUUUCCGGCCUCACUCGCUGCAAGCCGGUCGCCGACAGAUGUUUCUGGCCUCGCUAGUUGCGUGUUUAUCCGUCAUCCGUUCCGACUACUGCAAAACUUUUGUGUGUGAAAAUACGGCCUCCAGCGCGAACUGGUUAAUAAGCUUGGCUUGUCUUGUUCGCCUUUGUUUGCAGAUCAAGCUGUUUGUAUGAAGGGUUUGUUUGACAGAUUUGUGACAAAUUCAGGUUCCUAAUUUUGUGAUUUUUUUUUUUGUGAUUUUUUUUUUUCUUGUCAAGAAAAUAAUUUGUAUAGUGGGGCCAUGGUGUAAUUUGUCAAGUUCCAUCACACUUUAAAGGGCCCACGCAAUGUACUUUUGUAAAUGUAAUUCUUGAAAAUGCUUUGUGUCCCAUUUUACCAUAAUGUUCAACUUUCGUUUUUAUGCCAAUACUAAUUUCCAUAUUCAUGACAACUGUGUGAUGAUCAGGCAGAAACCCUCAAUGUUACAGCUACUUAAGCACUAAAGUUGUCAGAAUUUUGGAUA